AUGCGUGUUUUCAUUAUAGUUUUUUGGGAGUUUACACUAAGUGGACGAAGUGGAAGGUAUGGCGUUAUUCAGACCUUCACUGUUCCGCGUACGACCCUUUACCAAAUAAAGGCCUGGGGAGCUCGUGGUGGGACGCAUUCAUACAAUUAUGGAUCUAGACCUGGAACAUACUAUGGUGGUAGGGGAGCAUCCAUAGAAGGAAAGUUCAGAUUGAAUAAAGGAACAGUGCUGAAUAUUGUGGUUGGACAGCGUGGUGGAAAUUCAGUGGAGGUUAAGGGUGGUCGAUCCACAUCCUUAACAGCAGCUCAGCUGGGACUGUCUGUAGAGGACAAUGCUGGAACCGGAGGAGGGGGUGGUAGUUUUGUCUAUACCACAAGUAAUACCCUGUUAUUAGCUGCCGGAGGAGGAGGUGGUGCGUCAGGUGGUUACAACGGAACGAAUGGUCAGACGAGAACAAGUGGAACCAGUAGUGUGGGGAAAGAACCAUCACGGGUUAGGAAGGGAGGCACUGGAGGGCAGCCAGGUGAAUGUAACAGAGCAGGUGGUGCCUUUCGUGGGGGUGUAGGUGCUGGUUGGCAUGGCCCUUUUCCGUCCUCUUACCGUUUACAGACAUUUGAAUAUCCCUUCCCUUUGAAAACUUCUGUAGUUCUGGAACUUUCAGAUUGGGGAAGAAAGCAUCAAAAGUUCCCUUAG